AUGGAGCUUCCAACAACCUGUGAAGGUUUAUUUCUUGCUUCCAAUAACACCUUCAACACCUCUUCCUGUUGGAACAUCACUGACUAUCGCUUUGGAGGCUUGGCGGUGCUUCAGCUUAGAUACACCUUUGCUUCUUUCUGCGGCGUCAUCUUGUUAAUUGGCUUGGUUGGCAACCUGUUCAUGUUGCUGGUCCUGAUUGAAGGUUUCCAGAGCAGCAGUGCCAGCAGCUCCAUCUGCGCAAUGACCAGCACUCUCAUGGUCAACAUCACCAUCUCUGAUCUGAUUUUUCUCCUCUAUAACGUCACUGUGCUCCUGCUCACCUUCGUCUAUGAGGAUUGGGAGAUGGGUUCGGCGGUGUGCAUAAGCAGCCAGAGUUUUUCAAUGUGGACCAUGUUCUGCAGCUUUUACAGCAUGGUAGCCACCUCCAUCCUGCGGUACGUGGCAGUGGUACAUCCAACCUGCUCCUUCUCAACGAACACGUUUCAGAGGUCCCUGCUCUGCAUGCUCAUGUGGCUCAUGGGCUUCACUGUCUCCAUCCCCAACUGGAUGCAUCAAGGCAUUGUUGUGAUUGAAGAUGCCAGAAUUGUCCAAUCCUUGUGGUUUAGGAGGAUGGCGGUGGUCCAUCCAUCAGCAAGAAUUCGGCUCAACAAGAAAGCCACUGUUAUGAUCCUGACUGUAUUAGUCAUUUUUAUUUUGAUGUGGAUCCCAUGUUCUGUGGUAAUAUACCUCUCUGCCACCCACACCCUUCCACAGUCGCCGGCAGGGUUUGUUGCCUCCAGUUUAUCCACCGUGUUGGCUUACUCUAACUGCUCUGUGAGCCCCCUCAUCUGCUUCUCCCUUUCUGAUCAGUUUCAGGGUGACCUGAAAAAGCUGCUUUGCCAGAGAGGUUCGAGAUGA